AUGGGGCAAGAGUCUGGUGAUGUUUUUGAUGUUUUGCCGGCGUCAGUGAUACAUAGCAAAGGAGCACGGGAACAUAUAAAGUACGGGAGGAGAAUUCCUGUUGUACCUUUGCGUGAGGACGUACUGCCCAGCCCACGAAAGCCAAGGUUCGCGAGGACAGUUUUAUGCAGGAAGCAUGCAGUCAAAACUGGAGAAUUCGGAGCACAUUCGGACACCAGCAGUGAAUUUGAAGGGCCAAGGAUGAUUAGGGAACGGUCACUUACGCAACGGGGCUCAAAUGUCGACCAGACGUACACCGAAGAGGAAUUCGAGGACUUUCGGUUUCACCGUCAGUAUAACAAUAUCGUCGACAUGGAAACUCUUGAAGAAGAAAGUAUACCAUUGCGAGCGAAGGCUACUGAUUCUAGUCGGUCGUUCUCUCUUGUAGAUGCAAACAUUCCAGUGUUCUCUGACGAUGCCAAUCUUCAAACAACGUCAAGAGGGAAUACGGAUGCACCGAACCUGAUUAAGCGUUACCUAUCUUCAACGAACUUUGAUGUGGGGCCCAAUAUCCAAUCCAUGUCUAACCACGAGUUCGCUUACGUGUCAUCCGCAACUUUACUCAAUCGCCUCUGUGACGGAAUGCCGAUCCCUGAGCAAUCUCAUCACCUUGUCGUUGGAUCUCAGCAAGCAGACAAGCACAUUAUUAUCAGCCAAAAAAGUGUAAUUUGGCUUGGAGUGCUCUUGAUGGCCGUUGGCCUGAUCGUUUGCUUGGUGAUCUUUGGCUUUCCUCUUGCUGCGAAGGGAGUAGCUAGGAGCUAUGGUGCGUCUUCCAGUGCGAGCUCAGAGGCUACACUAAAGGGCAAUGGGUUUACCUCUCAAGUUGCAAGUGAAAGGUACAAUAUGUGUUCUGCGACCCCAUGUAAGCGCGAUGGCCUUUAUCUACAAGAACUUCUCUCCUGGGCUACAGACCCUUGCGACAACUUCUAUCAUUUCGUGUGUAGUCGCUGGAACAGCACGACUCAAGAUUACGAAAACAGGGAUUUGCCGAUAUCAGCGUACGAUGAUCUAGUCCACAUUCUUGAAGAAAGAGUAAAAUCACUACUGGAGCGCCCCAGCUGUCCGCAGGAGCUAUCGUCUCUUCAAAACAUCUAUCAUAAGUGUAUGAAUACAAGAGAACUUGAUAUUGAGGAUUGGAAUCCCAUGCUUGAGGUCCUUUGGUUGGUUACAUUAGAGGGAUUUCCGUUUACGUCCAAGUCUACAAAAAGCUCAGUUUGGAAGGUAUCUGCCAAGACCCUCAGGGCAACUGGUACGGAAACAUUGCUCAGUGUACGUGCUGCAAGUCAUCUAGUAAUGAAUACGAGCGUCGUUGUUGUGGGUCCUCCAACAAUUUUGGCUCCCAAAGCAGCAAAUUUUUCUGAAACAAAAUCAUUCUACAAUAUCAGCGCUCAUGCUGCCAUGUCGGGGCUGAAGACGCCACAUGGACUUUCAUUGCUCUGCCAAGAAGUUGCGAACUUCGGUGCCGAAUUGGAGUUCCUUGUUUACACCAAGAGUGUCCACCCAGGUGUCCGUACCCAUAGCUUCGAGAUGCUGAAGAAUCACUUAGAGUUGUCAGCUUUCUUCACAUCCCUUUUUUCCAACAGUGACUCUUCAGAACGCAUUGGGAGAGAGACAGAAGUGCUGAUAGAACCGUCUGAUUAUAUGAAAGAUCUCAUAAGCCUUGUUCGCAGCACACACCAGUAUGUAGUACUCAACUACAUCGCAGUUCGGUUAAUGAUCGAAAUGUCCCCAUUUCUACCGACGUCUGCAUACCGUCUUACGCAUAGCUUAGUCGAAAGCAUCUACAAGAGGAGGCGCCCUCAUCUUCUGCGUUGGAAGCUGUGCAUUAGGGCAACGGAAAGAGCAGCUCCUCUUCUGUUCCUGCAUGCUAGUCGCUUAGCCUACCAGACACACUUCGCCGUAGCUUCCGUUGAAAAACAUCUGAAAGCACUUACAGGUGAAUUGGAUCUGUCCUUGAAUGACAUAGCUAUUCUCGAUAGCGCAUCGAAGAUCAAGGCGAGGAAACUACUAAAGCGGUUUCGCUUUUCCUUGUUCCAUCCCCAUUGGCUUACGGAUAAUGAGAAGCUGCUGGAGUUCGUCAAUGAAAUGCCCAGAACUCAACAAGGACAAGGGCUGCGCUCUUUCUACACCCUAAGGGGAUUCAGUUUUUAUGAAAGCCUUCAUCAGGAUCCGGACGACGAUUGGCUAGGGUCGGCAUUUGAUACCGACUGUCGUUAUUCAGAUCGCACGGUCUAUGUCCCGGCACUUCUGUUCAACUUCUCGUUAGUUAACUUCGGAGGCAACGAGGCCUUUCAACUCCCUAAUGCUGGUCUACGCAUCAUGCGCUGCGUGCUUCGAAUGAUUCUUCGUGGCAUUUCGUCAAGAAGUGAUAAUGCUCCACGACGCUGGUGGCCCGACCUCGCUAGUUCGUUUUUGAAGAGCUACGAACUCUGUCUCCAGGAAUACGACAUCGCUAAUGUCAGCACAAUGCCGUUAGUGGAGACUACCGCUGCCGUCAGGCCCGUCCUCAAUGUGUACCUUAGUGAAAGGGGCGCAAACAUCAGAUUCGAGAACCUGCAGAAGUAUGGAGCAUACCAACUUUUCUUCGUGUACUACGCCAUUGGGUUCUGUGAAGUCUCCCACCUUGACAAUGCCACUGUUGCUGCGAACUCAUUGGCAACUUCGCUUUUGGUGAACGUACCUUUGUGGAACAACAGGGCGUUUCAAGAAACGUUCCAAUGCCCUGUGGGUUCUGCUAUGAAUCCCAGAAGAAAAUGCGUGAUUUGGAAAGAAAACCCUAAUGACGUUGCACCAAUCAAACUAACGCGAUAA